CUUCAGUUUCUGAAGUCAUGUGAUAUGCUUUUACUUCUUUUUCCGAAGUCAUGUGACAUUAACCUCAAUUAUUGAAGUUUAAGAUUGAAGUGAAGUGAACUUCUAGCUGUCUGGCUGGAAUGUAAACUUUAGUUCAUUUAAGUGGGAAAUUACAUCAUUUUAUUUCCAAUGGACAGCUAAAUGACUUUUAGUUGAGUUGCUUGUUUUUAUCAGAAGGCAUUAGAAUUACUAUUUAAAACUAAAAAUGCCUGUCAGUGGAGAUACUCGGCAAGCUUUAAAGCUUCUUGAACGAAUCCAAGACCAUUUGCAGAAAUCUGAAGCUGCACAGUUAAAUCCUACCGUUGGAGAUGAUCUCACUACCUUAAUAUCAGUUUUAGACAGUCCAGUUUUUAACAGCAUUUUAAAUAUUCAGGAUUCACUGCAAGAAUUGAAAAGGCAACUGCAUAAACAUCCUUCCAUCUUGCCCGUUGACUUUGACAUAUCUCCAAACACUGGAGAGCUUCUUUUAAAUUUGCCAUCUGAACCAAUCCCUAUGCAAAAUUCAGACUCCUAUGAACCAAGCUCUGAAGCUGAACACAACUAUGAAUAUAAAAGUCAGAUUCCAAAAGCAAUAAAUAUGGAUGAUAUCAAUGCAGGAGUUGAUGUUUUAAAUGUUUCAUCUCAUAUCAUUGCUCCUCCUGAAUACGUUUUGUCCGCAAUCACAACUGAAAGUUACGCUGAAGAAUUUCAACGAACUAUUGAUCAGGGAGCUCAAGGUCGUGAUAUUCACACAUUGCAAUUAUUUAAGCCUGAAGGAAGUAGUUUAGGUUUUAGUGUUGUCGGAUUGAGGAAUGAAACUAAAGGAGAAUUGGGCAUUUUCAUUCAAGAGAUACAACCGAAUGGGAUUGCUGGAAGAGAUGGUCGUCUACAGGAAGGCGAUCAGAUCCUGGCGAUCGACGGCCAGCCGUUGGACAGCAACAUCUCCCAUCAGCAGGCCAUAAGUAUUCUGCAGCAAGCCCGGGGCCUGGUCGAACUAAUCGUGGCCCGGGGCGGUAUUCCAACAUCAGAACCUGUGACCCCUGCUGUAUCCCUGGAGCGGUCACCUUCAGCCGUCAGUGACGCGUCCAAAGGAUCCGAUAUGGUAUUAAACACUGAGUGGGCUCAGGUUGAAUCUAUAGAGCUACUCAAUGACGGUUCUGGACUUGGGUUUGGUAUUAUCGGUGGCCGCAGUACCGGAGUGGUGGUUAAAACCAUAUUGCCUGGAGGUGUUGCGGACAGGGACGGCAGACUUCAGAGUGGCGACCAUAUCCUACAGAUAGGUGAUGUGAACCUGCGCGGCAUGGGCUCUGAACAGGUCGCCAUGGUCCUCAGGCAAUCCGGCACCCACGUCCGACUCAUAGUGGCCCGUCCCGUAGAUCCUGCUUCCUGUGCCUCUCUCCGGAGUCACGCACCCCUCGUUCCCACUCGGAUCCUGGCUGACCCCGAGGAACUGGAGAAGCACCUCACUAUGUUUGCUCAAAACGGAUUUUCUGAGCCCUCUCCGUACAAGGGCCCCACAUCCGUUGACACUCCCUUCGCCUACCAGAGGGAACUUGGAGAUGAUUUGGUAAGUCCUUUUCUCCUCCAACCCCCUUUUUCCAGUUUUCUCCAGGAAAGUUGCCACCGGUCGAUAUUUAUGCGAGGUUGUACGUGUUGGUGUAAGUUGAGUUUUGGCACCGAUUUCAAGUUACUAAAGGUGCCACGCAGUCUGCAGUACUCCGGCCUGUUGUUGGAUUGUUGUCUCGUUUUUUUUCUUCUAUUUAAUUUGUUUCUUAUUGAUUUUAUCUUAUAUUACGCUUCUAUUUGUGUUUUGUCGAGAGAAUGUCUUGGGAAAUCUAUUGAAAAUAUUGAUUUAUCCAAGUUUUGUUUUUGUUGGUAGGAUUGAUUUCGGAUU